UAAAUACCACAAUUUUGCGGUGAUAACUGUGACAUAUAACAGCUGAUUCAUGACGUCACGGAUCUUAUAACCAAACUGAUAACCACACUCGCUACUUCGGAAACUGUGCCAAAUUGCAUUGGAUGAAUUAACAGAAGCUUUAUUGGAAAAACGCGUUUGGACAAGACCAUGGAUUUUAAAAAGGAAUGAACUGCACUGGUGUUAGAAGAACUUCGCAAUGAAGGCGUAAAAGAGUAUAUCAGUAUUCUACGAAUGAUGCCAGAUAUGUUUGAUAUUCUGUUGAGUCUUGUGAUGUCAAAAAUUCAACGACAGCAUACUAUUAUGAGAGAGGCCUUACCAGCAAAAGUAAAAUUGGAGAUCACAUUAGAUUUUCUUUCUUCCGGCAUCAGUUACAGAAGACUGAGUCACUUUUAUCGGGUUUCAAGGUUUUCCUUAUCUAAAUUCAUACCAGAGGUAUGUGAAGAAAUCUUCAAGGCAUUAAAAGAAAACAUAAAGAUACCAAAUAAUGCCGAAGAAUGGGCGAAAAUAGAAAAUGGAUUUAGAAAGAAAUGGAACUUUCUUUUAUGCUGUGGUGCCAUUGAUGGAAAACAUAUGCAUAUUAUCGCUCCUGGUAAUAUUGGAAGUAUGUACUUCAAUUAUAAAAAAGUGUUCAGUAUUGUUCUUAUGGCGUUAGUAGAUGAUGACUAUUGCUUUCGUUAUGUUGAUGUCGCGGCUUGUGGAAUGGCAUCAGAUGGAAGUGUAUUUAAAAAUUGCUCCAUAUAUAAAAAACUGGAGAAUAAUCUUUUAGUUUAUAACUACCGACUCUCCAGAGCGAGACAAAUAGUGGAAAAUGCCUUUGGUAUAUUGGUAAGCCGAUUUCGUAUAUUCCAAAAACCAAUUGCAACUAAUAUAGAAACAGUAGACAAAAUUGUAUUAGCAGCAUGCGCUUUACAUAAUUGGUUGAGAUAAGAAAAUCGAAAUUAUUUAAUCAGCAGUGAUGUCGACCGGGAAGAUAUUGAUGCAGGAACCAUCUCCUAUGGCUCUUGGAGAAAAGAAACUGCAGGACUUAAGAGGUUAUGUCAACAAGGGAGUAAUCAUUCUUCGAUGUCAGCAAUGGCGAGAAGAGACGCCUUUAAAACCUACUUUAACAAUGAUGGUGCGGUGCCUUGGCAAUUAAAAAUGAUUUCUUAACUAUAUAUUUAUGUAAAUUUCCCUGUGUUUUGACACCACUUUUCUUUGUAUUAUAAAUAAAUAAAUAAAAAAU